UUUGGCUUAAACGGUUUCUGUUGCGACGAAACAUUUUGCAACAGAAUCAGCGCAAUGAAUAAAUCCCUGAAGUUGCAGUUUAGUGAGAAGGAGCAAUAGUCCAGAGAGGAUAUAUUCGGUAUUAUCUGUGUCGCUUUUAUUAAAACAUAGGCCUACAUCCUCGUUUAUUCCAAUAACCUACACUGUCAGUUCACCCUUCACCGGCUGUGUGGACUUCGACCUCGCAUUACACCUGUCUUCACAACAAUUAAGUAUAGAAUCCUCCGUUCGUACCUUUUGAAAGGAAGCCAUUUCUGAUAGCAAGCUCACUGGUAAUGGUAUUCGAUAACAUAAGCUAAAUCGUCUUUAUUUCUAUUAAUUGUUACAGUCCAAAUGUAUUUUUGAGAAAGGUCACGUUUGAUUUGAAGUCAAAUGUGGAUAUACCAGUAACGUUAGGUCAAGGCCAUCGAGUCUACAGACAGCUAAGCAAGAUGAACAGCUCGGCAGAGGAAAUGGCGAUGGACUCGGAAGGCGCCCAAAAUGAGUCUCUCAUACGUUUCGCAUCUCCAAUUCUAAACAAGUCAGACAUAUCCAACAUGACAAUAAUUCAAACAGGGAAUGGGACUAUUGUGGCAUACGAUAUCUUCUUGAAUACAACCGCUGCUCAAGCUCUGUCAGGGAUCUUUGUCUGGUCAGCACUGCUCCUCACUUGCCAUCAGAUCUACAUACACCUGAGGUCCUACACGGUCCCUAACGAGCAGCGCUACAUCAUUCGCAUUCUUUUCAUCGUGCCAAUCUAUGCCUUUGACUCCUGGCUCAGCCUGCUCUUCAUCAGCAACGACCAGUACUAUGUCUACUUUGACUCCAUCCGAGACUGUUAUGAAGCAUUUGUGAUUUACAACUUCCUGAGCCUGUCCUUUGAGUACCUCGGGGGAGAGAGUGCCAUCAUGUCCGAGAUCCGAGGGAAGUCCAUUGAGUCGAGCUGUAUGUAUGGUACCUGCUGCUUAGGUGGAAUAAGCUACUCUAUUGGCUUUUUAAGAUUCUGUAAACAGGCCACUCUUCAGUUCUGUGUCGUCAAACCCAUCAUGGCCGUCGUCACCAUCCUCUUGCAGGCCUUUGGCAAAUAUCAUGAUGGAGACUUUAAUGUGAAUGGAGGAUACCUCUACAUCACCAUCAUCUACAACAUCUCUGUCAGCCUGGCCCUGUACGCUCUCUUCCUCUUCUUCUUCGCUACCAGUGACCUGCUGAGGCCUUAUGAACCCGUGCUCAAAUUCCUCACCAUCAAAUCGGUCAUCUUCCUGUCCUUCUGGCAGGGUAUGGUGCUGGCCAUCCUGGAGCGCUGCGGGGUCAUCCCUAAUGCCCUGUUUAUCGACGGCCAGGAGGUGGGGGCUGGCACCGUGGCAGCAGGCUGGCAGAAUUUCAUCACCUGCAUCGAGAUGUUCUUCGCUGCUAUCGCCCUGCGCUACGCCUUCACCUGCACCGUGUACCAGGAGAAGAAGAACGAACUACCAGGAGCACACGACAACAUUGCCCCCAUGCAGAGCAUCUCCAGUGGUCUGAAGGAGACGAUGAACCCUGGGGACAUGGUCCAGGAUGCCAUCCACAACUUCUCCCCAGCCUACCAGCAGUACACCCAGCAGUCCACCCAGGAGGUGGUGCAGCCCAGCCAGAACAACUGCAAAGCAGGCACAGGCGGCAGCGGCAAGGGCUCCAAGAAGUCUGACAAAAUCCUGCUGAUUAUCUCUGAUGACGAAUUCUAAGGAGUCGCCCACCACCACGAGUAUCCAUUCCUCACCACGCCCAGGGAAACACUGGCACAGCAUAUCCCACAUUCAGAACUGGCAUCUGUCUGUGUGGUUAAUUUUCAUCUUCUUUCAUUUCAUUUUUUAAGAUGAACUCUUUACUUCAGUCCUGGUUUUAAAGUAACUGUCCAGUGUUUCCAGAUUUCUAUUAAAUAUGAUCUAUAUAUACAGUGGGGAGAAC